UGAGGAGGAGGAGGAGGAGGAUGCCUUGAAGUUAUUUAUAAUGUCGGGCCGGCCGCGGGUGACGUAGCGAGCCGUCCGGGCAGCGGGAGCAGCGGCAGCCUCGUUCGCCGCGCCUGCGCCGCCAUGAAGGGAGCCGGGCCAGCGGUGCGGCGGGAGCCGGACUCGGGAGGCGCGUGGUGAGGGCGGGCGAGCCGGCCGGAGCGCGGUGAGAUCUCAAGGUCUUGGCAACACACCUUGGAGGAGUCAAAUUGCUGGCUGCAGGUGGAAAUGCCGGGCUCGGUGCCUGUCUCCUUUCAGGCCUUGGGCUGAAUACGUAGCUUUCUGGCAAGACUUUUGGGGUCCCCUUGCCCCUGUUCCUGGUGGGGGCAAGGGGAAACUCUUGGAAGGGGGAGGGGGCAUCUUCCCCAUCCAGAAGGGCCCUUGAUUGGGGCGGGGGGCCAAGCUGUCGGCCUUUGGUUUCCUUUCCUCCUGGCGCUCGCUCUGCAGCGCCAGACCAUGCCGUGAACAUUCGAGCAGGCCAUCCCGCUUACCAGCCCUUCCGACCGCGCCUCGGGGAAUUGAACCGAGAGGGCAGCGGUGACCAGGGGACUGGCCAUGGCUGGGAGUGGAUAUACAGACCUACGAGAGAAGCUCAAAUCGAUGAUGCCUUAUCGGGACGGCUACAAGAACAGCGGCGGCAGCAAGAGCAGGCGGGAUCCUGCCGAGUCCCCCUACGGAGCUGGCGGGGGAGCCGCUGAACGCAAGCGCAAGCACCACCACGAUUCUGACUCCGAGCCCACCGACUCCGAGGACCCCCCGCGGGAGGAGGAGGAGGAAGAGGAGGCCCAGAAGGUCAAGAGCGGCAUCCGGCAGCUGCGCUUGUUCAGCCCCGAGGAGUGUGUCAAGAUCGAAGCGCGCAUCGACGAGGUGGUCUCCCGGGCCGAGAAGGACCUGUACAAAGAGCACACGGUGGACAGGGCCCCACUCCGGAACAAGUACUUCUUUGGCGAGGGCUACACCUAUGGGUCUCAGCUGCAAAGGCGAGGCCCCGGCCAGGAGCGGCUGUACCCGCGGGGGGAAGUGGACUCCAUCCCCGAGUGGGUUCACGACCUGGUCAUCCGCAAGCUGGUGGAGCACCGGGUCAUCCCCGAGGGCUUUGUGAACAGUGCGGUGAUCAACGACUACCAGCCGGGGGGCUGCAUCGUCUCCCACGUGGACCCCAUCCACAUCUUCGAGAGGCCGAUUGUGUCGGUGUCUUUCUUCAGUGACUCAGCCCUCUGCUUUGGGUGCAAGUUCCAGUUCAAGCCCAUCAGGGUCUCCGAGCCCGUCUUCUUCCUGCCCGUGAGACGGGGGAGUGUCACGGUCCUCAGUGGCUACGCAGCUGACGAAAUCACGCACUGCAUUCGACCCCAGGAUAUCAAGGAGAGGAGAGCCGUGAUCAUCCUUCGGAAGACCCGAGUGGACGCCCCCCGGCUGGAGACUCGGUCGCUGAGUAGCUCUGUGUUGGUCCCAGGCUACGCUUCGGACCGCCUGUCCAGGAGCAAUCGGGACCCCCUCCUGAAGCCAAAGAGGUCCCAUCGCAAAGCAGACCCUGACGCGGCCCACCGCCCUCGAAUUUUAGAGAUGGAUAAAGAGGAGAACCGGCGCUCGGUCCUCUUGCCGAAACACCGGAGGCGGAGUCACUUCAGCUCUGAGAACUAUUGGCGGAAGUCUUACGAGUACACAGAAGACUUGGAGGAGGAGGAGGAGGAGGAGGAGGAGGACGAGGGGAGUCCGGCACGGAAAGUGAAAAUGAGGCGGCAUUGAGGAAUUCUUGGACACCCACAUGCUCCUUCCCCAGUCUUCGAGUGCAAUUUAAAUUCCUGCCCUUGGAACGGUGGCUCUGCUGGUGCCAAGGUCCUAGAGAAAAGCUACAGCAAUGUUUGGAAAAGCAGAGUCGCUCCCACGACGCGGGAAUGUCAUUCUUAGUUUAGUGAAUCCAGGAUAGAAGAUGGCCAGGAGAAGAGACUGAAAGAAUGUGGAAAUACAUUGGGAACUAUUGGAAGAAACCUGGUUCAACGGAUGUGCAACAUGACAAUAUCUGGAAAAUGGUGGUAGUUGUGAGAUGAUGCUUAAUGACAGUGGGUGAAAAGGUUGAAAACCUAA